CCCCACCUCUUUUUCGACAUCUACAGGAGAUACUUCGAUCCCUACGAAUGUAACGGUGACGUCAAUCCUAUUCAUCCCACCCUUUUGUGGCUUGCUUUUAGUGAACCCUCACGCAGCGGGACCGCGCGUAUGUGACCGGUCGAACAUCCCCCAAUCAUUCUAGGGUGCGUCUCCGCAUCCAGCUACGAAGGGUUGCUGCGGGAUUUUCCGAAAACCCAGUUCGACAGGUGUUGUGUUAGUGACAGUUUCGAACCAAUGAAGGAAAACAUAAUGGAAUAACUCAAGAGUCUAGGCGGUGACGUACUGAUAGAUGAGGUGUGGUAAACGGAGAGGGCUGCUCUUUCAAGCGAACGAAGCAUUGCAUCUGCCACGCCGUGCAAGCUAGUCAGUAAGUUCAGGGCGGUCUAGAGUUGGUACUGACGUGACCCAAGUGAAUCAUGCAGGUGACGUCGGGCACAUGGCUGGUUUGAGGUCGAAGUCCCGCCACAAGUGGCACUAUACUCAAAAAUAUAAGAGAAAAUGUAGUCCUACUCUCCGUCAUCCCAUGUUAACCCCUCGACAAUCCUUUUCGAUCUACUCCUCUGGACCCCGAAACCUUGGUACCAAGAUGGACGUCUCCAAGCCUCCGCCUGGUCAGGCUGGCGCAGUAGGACUGCCAUCAUCCGUGGGACCUGGCCGUAACGCAUCAGCACCAAAACCUAAGCCCAUCCGGAAUUGGAUCGAAAAAGAGGACAUUGAUAUGUCCGUACAAUACCCUCUGGCAAUGGACCUUCUUUUCGAACUUCUAACAAUACCCGAAUGGAAUCAACCUGCGUCGACAGAUAUCCUGGUACGGUGCGCGAAAUGGUGCCCACGGGGCGGUGCGCCCUUUUUUGGCGGGCCUAGUGAUGCUGACCUCGCGACUUUGAAAAGCGAUAUGGGCUCACAACUUGAUCCUGGGGCCUACAUGAGAAGACAGGAUGUGCAAAAACUUGCCGCAUUGGCCAUUGUCAUUGGAAUGUCCAGCACUACAGAUUAUGGACUUGGAACGCGCGUUGUCAAGAGCGAAGCCCUGAACUAUAGAAGCGGCAAAAACAGAGAUGGCUUGCUGCCAUCAUUUGGUCAUGAAGUGUUUGGUAUGCAGGUUUCGCGGCAGGUGGCUGAACAGAAGCCUCCUGGGAAACCACUCGACGAGCGCAUCGCGGACGAUGAAUUUGUCUCGGAGUACAAGGGUCUCAUGGCUGACCCAAUCUUUCUUGUUAACUUCAAGACACGGCACAACAUCGGAACUAACACAAUGUUGAAUGAUGCUUUUGUGUAUGUCAGAGACGAGAUCAAGCUCAGACGCCCGGGAGAAGACAUUUCUUCCCUCAACGCCCUGGGCACAGCCGUGGGGCCGAAAUAUGGACCAUCAUUGCUGGAUGGCUGGACUCAGCUAUAUGACACUCAAGUUUUUGAGAAGGCGUGCAAGGACGCGUGUGCAGUUUCUACGGAGCAAACUUGGCCGAUCUGGGCCGGUCCACACGGUAUGCAGAGUGGAACACACCACAGAGUCAUACAUGCCCGGGGCGUCAACGAGUGGCUGGACGCACAGAGCGCCCUACAAGGACAGGACGGCUUCACAACGCCAAUCAUCGUCGAUGGGUCCGUCCAUGGUCUGGUUGAUGACUGGGACGACCCUGGAUCUAGUUCCUGUUUCAUCGAAGGGACAACUGUCCAUACAGAUCGCGGUAUUCAGCGUAUCGAGACCAUUGGAGAGGGAACCGUGGUCUUGACAAGACUCAAAAUCAACCAUGCGGAAUGGGGGUGCACAUCAGAUGAGCCGGUAAAGGUCCUCGCGACUGCUGGCAAACAGAGGACAAAAGUAUAUGGAAUCAACCAAAUCAAGCCCUUCUUUACAGCUGGUCAUGUUUUUCACACCACCACUGGCCUACGUGCAAUCGACCCGAAAUUAGCUCGAAUUGAAAACGAUUGGCUUCAAGUCGGAACUCUCCGUAUCGGGGACGAGGUUCUACGAGUCCCACAGCACUCAGGUGCAUCAUCGGUCUCUUCUUCGACAUCCUAUGACAUUGUUACAAUUCACGCUCUUCCUGCUGAGGUCACAACAUCCUCCCAUUUGUACGGGCUGCAUCUGCGUGAAGGACUGCGAAGCUACCAUGCCAAUGGGUUCCUUGUGGCCCUCAAUUACCCCGAACUUACUGUUCAGCGCAUUGUCAAGCAGAUGCAUGGCUUACCGUUUGCGGAAUUGCAAACAUACGUCGCGGACUUGGAGAGGAGUCAACCGGCGAUUUCUGCCGCCUUCGGACCUAGAAUAGCCAACUUUGUUAGUCAAAGGAUGAAGGCAUCACACCCACUGAAUCCACUAGCCGAGAUAAAGACACCAAGCGGCGAUAUACGAAAGUCACGGCCCCAUCAUACUGCCAAUCCUAUGGAUCUGGUGCGCUCAUUCUGCCUUCGGCCACGCCACACAGGAGGUGGUGGUAAUGCAAUCGUGGAUGGUCAGAAACUCGCAGAAGUCACCAUUGUUCAUGGAAGAGUGAUCAUUGAUGGGGUCAUCUGUCACAGGGCUACGAUUACCGACGGGAGAAUUCGAUGGUCUCGCCAGCUUAAUGAAGGGAAGCAUGAGCACGGGCAGUUAAAAUUCGAUAGGGCUGGCUUCUCGGCAGGCGGCUCUUUACUUCUGACUCCGGAUGCGAAUAGAAGCACUCUCCACAGAGGCACACAUAUCCUAACAAAAGCGGAUCCGUCAAGCGCGACUUGGUCACUCAUUGCAGGCGACAGUGAAAAUAUGAAGACUGCUUUUGACGGCGGUGAUGAUAUAUCUGAUAUCCUCACCAAGGCCAUGACUGGUCUUCGCUGGCCAAAUCAGCCCCCGGUCGUCACCACACCAGGAUGGGAACAAUGGCCUUGGUCAGUCACGAUAGGAAGCGUCUCCAUCAAUGAGUUGUCGGAGACAACUGCAUCUAUCCCUGAAUUCGACGCUCUUCUGCAGUCUAUUAUCGCCGGCGGGAACCAAAACCAGAUCAAGGCCAUCACCGAUAAGAACGGGAAUGUUAUUCCUUCAGUGAUCUAUGACUCUGUGGUCUACCUAGCGGGUAAUGUAAUGUGCGCUGAGUUCUACAUCAAUAUGGAUUGGGACCGUAUUGAACUCCUGCGUCGAAAUAAGGCCAAGCAAAACGGCGAAAAAUACAUUCCUACUCCUGCAAAUCUCAGGUUUUCCACCCUGCAUGUGGAAAACCCGGACUACGUCACACUUCAGGGUUGGUACCAGGUCGAUCAGAAUGUCGAAAAUUCCGAUAUAAAGGAAGCAGUUCCGUACUCCUACGGGCUCCUUUCGUCAAUUUCGUCGACUACCGGAGCCAUCGUACAAGAAGGUCGUCGGUUGGAAGCUCAACGUACAGCACAUACAAAACUUGCUGCUUGCUGGCCAUCCAUAGGUUCCGCAUUGGGGGAUGGACCUGCAGUUGUCACAGAAGUUAUGGCCGUCGAGGAUGACGACAACGAUUAUAGCUUAGGCAAUCUUAUGUACGAAACUACAUGGCCCGCAACAGAUGUUUCUGUCCAGCAGGCAGCUCAAAACCAGGUAACAAACGCGAUUCUCUAUCACACUUCCAAAGAUCAUCUUGAUCUGUUCGGUGUAAACCGUCCAGAUGUUGAUAUGGCCAUUCAGGCCAUCGCAGACAAGACAAAGCAGUUCCUAGCCGAGGACUUAGCGAAAGCAUACCUUUGUCAGGGAAUGAGCUCGCAACCCUUUUUUAAUGAUAAGUUCGACGACAAUAAACGAACUAGGUUGAAGUAUUUUCUCUCUGGCAAGGGAAAAGGAACGCUCAGCCAGAGUGCAGAGUAUGCAAACGCUACUGCAAUCUGCUCAAGGGUAGCGUACCAGGGCCUAGUUGGCAAUCUCAACAAGUAUCGCCUUAAGGAUGGGAAGUUAUGGGCUACUCAAAUGUACCGUCAGGUAUCCCAGGGCGGCUUCAUCAGCGGAUUAGGCAGAUCCAUGGCUGUGCCUGGUUAUGAUGGUCCGAACCUCGUCAAUCGCUACGUGAUGGCGUUAGACACGCUUUAUCCAGAUGGUACAUACGCCAAAGAUUUCGCCAACCUGGCACUGAACCAGCUUGCGGAUCAAGUGUCAAGGCUGAAGGAGACCAAGUUUGACAGGGGUGAACUGACAGAUUUCCUGCAGCAAACAAUGACAGGUCUUAUCGCGCAGCUUCUAGGCACCGAAUCGUUUCCCGAGAACUCUGUUCUGCAGGGCUUGAAAGACGACAUCAACAAGCUUGGCAUCGUAGGCACUGACUUGGCUGCUGCGACUAGGUGGGUUCUGGAGAACUUGUGGAUUAUCCAGCUUAGCUGCGACAUCUUUGAGAACAUUGGCAUGAUGCGUCGUGGUGACGGUGUCAAGUACAGCGAUGCAAUUGACAAGUGGGCAGAGGAGAACCCAGGCAAAGGGAAGAUCGCAGCGAUCACAAAGGGAACCGUCAUGUUCUGCACCACGGCAUACAGUAUCUUCAAGGGUUUCAGCGUCCUCACAGGCCGUGGGUGGAACGACCUUAAUGACAUGGAGAAAGUGGCACUGGUCACAGCGCUCAUUGACUCUACCACAAAUCUUCUCAACGGGUUGAAGGAUGCUUGGGAUCUGUGGAAGACGGCAGCUUCCGGUGGCGCUGGCGAUGCCGCUGAGCUCGACGGAGCCUUAGGAGGUUCCGUCAUAUCAAAUGUACCCGCACCAGAAGCAAUCGAAAUGGAAAAUCUCGGUGCCAGCAUCGGUGAGAACGCUCCCGAAUCCGUUGGCAGCCAAGCGGCUCGUCAAGCCGUUCGCCCUCCUCCUACUGGCGGUAAGAAGUUCGGAUUUACCUAUUGGGAGGAGGAUUUCGAAGUGGCAGACCAGGUCACAAGCUUCAUAGGCUUCUUCGCUGGUUGUGUGGCAACGGUAGCAAUUGGCUUCCAGGUGAAAGAAGACUUCGACAACGGCCAAAAUCCAGGGGUCAAGGCUCUUGACGUACUCCAGAUUAUUGAUGUUGGACUUGGAACUGCCGUCGGCUUGGUCGCCUUCGUGGGCACACUGGCUGGCGUGUCCUUUGCCUUUGUGCCUGUGGCUGGGGCCAUUCUUGCCGUGGCCGGACUGAUACUCAUGAUUGUCAGCUUAUGGGUGCAUCCGGACCCCCCUGAGUCAGCAGCACAGAAAUUCCUGGACGGAGACGGAGGUUCCUGGAUGUCCAAUUGCCCCGCACCGCCCGAUCCGCUCUUGCAAUACAGCCUCCUGCCGGCGUCGGUGAAGACAGGCACCGCUGACCAAUCCGUCACGCUGACAAUCACAAAUCCUAUUUCUGCUACAUCCGCCGCGCAGAUUGUCAACCUCAUUAUUACAUGGGCCGAAGGCGACGAUGACAGCAUGUGCCUAUUGAAAUCGAGCGACGACGCUUCCUUCGUCCUCACAAGUCCCGAUUCGAGCUUCGCGUGCGGCAGGCCUGCUCACGAUAACACCCCCAAAGUUCAGCUGCUCAUCUUCGUGACGGACGCCCAGGCAAAUAAUGCGCCUUUGAAGCCUGGGGAUCAGAUAAAGCUUGUCUUCACCGGCAAAGUCAGCGCAAAACCUGGAACUGCGGAGGUCGAUAUCAAAGAGAACACGACCUUCACCGAAGAUACGACCACGUAUACCAGGGAUGCCUCGGUCAAAAUACAAGUGACAAAAACCUAACAUUAACUGCACAUGGAAUUUUCAAGGCGUGUGGCGCUUGCUUAGCAGUUAAUGAGUGCUCUUUCAAAACCCACUUUCUCCAUGGAUAGCGUAAUGCAGUCGUACAACCCGAGGCAUGAACAUCCUAACGUGCUUAAUCAUCAAGCGCAAACGCCCGCCGUGGAGACUUUCCUUACAGUGUUACUGCAGGGUGUGCGCAACAAAAAGGAAUAUGUCGAUCCAAUCUCUACCACAGGAUUGACUCAGGUAUUCCAUUGCUGGGCCUGAAGAGAAUAUAUGCUAGCGGCUCAUCAACACCGGUGUCAUAAGGCGACCGCGUGGCUUCAACUGGGAAUUUUGAAUGUGUAGAUUACACUCCCCUUACCAUUUCCCAAUUAUGAACUGACCGCAAUCGUUUCGAUUUGAACACAACAGAAUAGCAUUUCCUUGCCGUCGUCUAUAUCAA